AUGCGUCAUCUAACAUCAUUUGCACCUGCAAUUCGUUAUUUCUCAAGGUUAUCUGAGUUUAGGCCCACCAACAUGUCCAUGAGAGCACGCCCACUGCAUUGGAGAUCGUUCUGCUCAAGUCUGAAUUGCUUGAAUCGCAUCAUCAAGACAUCCAAAGACCGCAAGCUUCAUUUUGAUCAAGUCAACUCUUGGAAAGCGACCGGAAACCAGGACCAUGUCAAGAGCAAUGAGCCGAGAUUGCCCAAGAAGAAAGUAGCUCUAUUGAUAGGUUUCAAUGGCUCUUCAUUUCAGGGGAUGCAAAUAAACCCGGGUACAGUGACAAUUGAGAGCGUGCUGUUUGACGCCCUUUGUAAGACAGGUGCUGUCUCUACAUCUAAUGCAGUAGACCCCAAAAAGGUGCAGUUAAUGCGAGCCGCUCGCACAGAUAAAGGUGUCCAUGCUUCAUGUAACCUGGUAUCUCUCAAGAUGAUUUGUCAAGAUGAGCAGAUUGUAGAGAAAUUAAAUGCUGUGUUACCACCACAAAUAAGGGUUUGGGGCUAUGUGGAGACACAGCGCAAUUUUCAUGCCAAAAACAAGUGUGAUUCUCGCAUUUACGAGUAUCUGAUGCCAUCGUACGCAUUACAGCAACUAGAACCCAACAAAGAAUGGACCACACAACCGCAAUCAGAGCACGACAUUCAGAUUGCUACGGAAGACAGCACCCUCACUCGCUUCAUGAAACCAACUGAUCCAGCGAAAUUGCUUGCGUAUCGAGUAGAUCAAGAACGUUUCUCGAAAUUCAAGCGAGCCAUGCAAAUGUUCAAGGGCACGCACAACUUUCACAAUUACACCAUUGCAAGAAGUUUCAGGGAUCAAGCAGCCAACCGAUUCAUGAUUGAUAUCAAUGUCGACGAGCCCAUGAUGAUUGGAGGCAUGGAAUGGAUCAGUGUCAAACUGCAUGGUCAAUCAUUCAUGUUGCAUCAGAUUCGAAAGAUGAUAUCCAUGGCAAUGCUCUGCACUCGUACUGGCACUCCAUUGACUCUGUUACCCAAGACAUUUGAAUCAGCCAAAAUUAAUAUACCAAAAGCACCAGCUUUAGGCCUUUUGCUCGACCGACCUGUAUUCAAGUUGUACAAUGACCGGAUGCACGCAAUCGAGAGCAGACAAACGAUAGAUUUUGAUCAGUACAAGGAUGCAAUUGAGGCAUUUAAGAGAGAAUCCAUCUACUCCAAGAUAUUCGAGCAGGAGCAUCAAGACAGAGUGUUUGAUACGUUUCUGAUGACCAUUGAUUCGCAUGUGGACAAGGACUACAAGUUUUUCAACAAGGAGGGUAUCAUCCCAGACGAAUCUAUCCUAUAUACAAAAUACUCUGUGUAG